AUCGGACUCAUCAAACUGUCCGAACCCGUCAAACCCGCGUUCGACGGCCAGGUGUACACCAUUAACAGCGCCUGUAUGCCCACCAAAGACAUUGUGAACGAGAACGAUGAGGACGCCCUGUUUUCCGGGUUCGGCGCAGUGGAUGCCUACGCCAAGAUCCAGUCGGAUGUGCUCAGAAAGACCCGGAUCACAAUCAUGGGACACCAGAAGUGCAUGGAUCAAAUCAAAUACGAUAAAGUGCCGGAAAACAUGUGCGCCACUGAGAAUGAGCAUAGCAUUUGUAAUGGCGACUCCGGCUCACCAUUAGUGCAAUUGGAUGGCAACCGGGCGGUCGUCAUAGCCAUAGCCGGUGGCAGUGAUCCCGACGAUAAAGAUUUAGGCCUUUGUUCGGCAGGUUUUCUGUACUUUACAAGAGUUUCAAUGUUUAUCGAUUGGAUCAGCGAUACCAUGAAGUUUGUGCCGCCCAUACACGUAGACCCCGCGCCCCCUCCCACGCCCACCAAAGAGGUGAAAGGUGUUGCGAGCCAUUCGCACGCCAUUCCCCACCAAAUGGUUUUGUUCGCUAAUUUGGUCGCUUUUCUUAUCACUUUUGUCGUGUAUUUUAACGGCCAAAGUAAUGGUGCCGAACAGACAAACUACGAGUACUACACGUCCGGUGGUAUCAAAUCGGGUCUGGGAGCCAAUACCGAGCAAUUCACUCUGAAUGGCAAACAAAUCACUUUAUUUAGCGGUUCUUUACAUUACUUCCGAUUACCGGCACAGUAUUGGAAGGACAGGCUGUUGAAGUUCAGGGCCGCCGGACUUAAUACGGUGCAGUCAUACGUGGCCUGGAACAUACACGAGGACAUCCCUGGUCAAUUUGACUUCGAGACCGGAUUCCGAAACCUGCGAGAGUUCCUCAAAGCCGUAAAAGAGGCCGAUAUGUUCUUCUGGAUCCGGAUCGGCCCCUACAUCAACGCCGAGUGGGAGUUUGGAGGCUUUCCCGGAUGGUUGCUCCGGGACCCUAACAUGAAGUUGCACUCCAACUACAAGCCAUAUCUAAACGCUGUGGAAACCUAUUUCAAAAAGGUUUUAGCCCUUAUCGAUGAGUUCCAGUUCCAAAAAGGCGGUCCCAUUAUAGCCCUGCAGUUUGAGAAUGAGUUCCGAGGCAUCCGUUCCCCUGAGGCUCAGGAGUACUUCGAUCUCAUGAAGAAUACCAUCGAUAAGAGUGGGUUCAAAGAGUUGUUGACUAACUGCGACCCCUUUGACUCACCCGCACAGGCCGUUAAGACUAUUCAAAAAGGUUGUAAAUAA